AGACGCCUACGAUGAUUGUCCUUCUCGCCCUCGUCCUCUCUUUCAUCGCUGGAGGUGAAGUUGCUGUAACACCAGUGGAUCCAUCCGCUUAUCCUUAUGUCGUGAAAGUGGAUUUUCUUGGUAUUCCUGAAUAUAUAACCGAACCUGCACUGAUGGUUAGCGCUCGCUAUAUUCUGGCUUCAAAAACCGCAGACACCGAACCAGCAGCUUUGAAAAUCACCGACCAGGCGGGCAAGGUUCGGUCUGUGUUCAAAGUUACGCCGAUUUUGGACGGGGUCUUCACCUACACAUAUCUGAAGGUUUGCGACAAAUUCAACGGGAGGACGUAUCCCAUGACGGCAUCCAGUUACAACGAUUUGUCCUCAGACGUUCCAAACUCUGAAAUGCUUUUCUACUACAAUAACUCGCACGUGCUUCAAAAAGUUCCCGCCACGGUGAUGAGCACUGCCAACUGCACCAUCUCAUCUGGGGGGUCCAUCAACGAAACAGGAAUUUGCGUCUACCAGGACACCACUCCGGGUUUUUGCUCAUUCUUAUCAAACUCAUCCGACAUUAUGCGUUGGCCGUUGCUCUCAAUCAAUGGCCAACCUCAAGGAUUUUUAGAAUACUACGGUUGCGAUGCUACCAUGACCGUCACGGAUGAUUUUGAUUUCAACAACAUCGGCUACUACCGUUCGGAUAUCAUCGAUGUCAUCCCCUUGGUGACCAUCAAAUAGACUCCAAUGGAAAAUUCCCGCAAUAAAGAA